GAACGACAACUCACAUUUUUUUUUAGAGAUUGCAAACAUAAACAAACCCAUAAUUUUGAUAUUUUAAGCAAUGGUUAAGGUUGCAGUUUUGGGAAGUGGACUGUUGGGUACCAAAAUAGCAGGUGAAUUAGCUUAUCAUGGACAUAGAGUGAAAAUAUAUUCCAAUCAUUUGGACUCUUUAAAUACAGUUUUUCAACGAAUGGAAGAAGAUAAGCACCAAUUAAGACAAGAUGGCAUUUUGCUUAACAAAAACUUCAUAGGUCAAGUUUUGUGUUUGAGUCGGCUGGAAGAGACAGUAUGUGAUGCUGACUUUGUGUUUGAAUGUAUACCAGAAGAUUUGGAAAUGAAGAAGGAUCUAUUUGAAAGAGUGUCACAUCUUUGCAAACCAGGAACAAUAAUUGCUACAAAUACACUGAGGUUAAAUGUCACAGAAAUUGUUGAGAGAACAGUAAACAAAGAGCGGACUUUAGGUCUCCGGUUCCUUUAUCCAGUCUUUUACAUACCGGAAGUAGAGAUUACACCGAACAACUACACUUCAGGACAGGUGAUUGAGAAAGUGAGGAACUUGUUAGAGAAGAUGGGGAAAACGUUGUUUUUUCGCUCUGGAUCAGAACCUCUUAUACUAACAGAAGAUCAAAGAGACGAUAGGAAAAAAGCCAGACAAGAGGAAAUGAAAGUUAGUUCUGGAAUGGGUACCACUUUUGUUCAUGGAAUACCAAAUUUGAGACAGAUAAGUGUAGAAGGUGGAACCAGUCAUGGUGUACAAGAUAAUAGAGUGUCAACAUCAGACAAUGAUUUAGAUUGUGCAAUAUGUAUGGAUAAAGCUCGAGACUGUGUGAUGAGACCGUGUCAUCACAUGGUCACAUGCUACAUGUGUGCCGCCAUGCUGAUCAACAGACGUGAUGGUUGUCCAAUCUGCCGCAAAGACAUUAUAGAAAUUAUACGCGUUUAUAGUGGAUGAAUGCAAAGAGAUAGACAGUUACAUUACUGUGCUUCAUUUGCAAUAGUUCACAAUUUUGUUCAUGUGAAAAGUAGAUUGAAAAAUAUUUCGUCUGACUGUUUGUAGUAUGUAACACAAGAUACAAGUUCUAUUUUUUAAAUAUAUUUAUAAAUUAACUUUCUCAUAAAUUUUAUGCUGUCUUAUUAAAAAAAAGUGUUUGAAAACUUUUUAUACAGAUACAUUUGUACAUAUGAUUGUAUACAAGUGUCUUUUUUUGAAAAUUUAAAUAAAGGAAGAGUAACUUCCCUUUAUAUAUUUUAUAGUUAAUAUUUUGUAGUUAUACACGAUUGUAUACAAGUCUCAUUUUUGAAAAUUUAGGAUGAGUAACUUCCCUUUACAUAUUUUGUAAUAUCUAAAUAUAACCUGAUAUUGAAUGUUUGUAAACAUAUUCAUUGCGGAAUCAGCCUAACCUUUUCAUUUAUUAAGAUCGGAAUAGAAGGAAUCCAAAGCAACUAUUUGUAUAUUAAUAUCUCUGACUGAUGAAAGUUGAAUACAAAUAUAGUUUGUUACUUCUUCCUAUAAAAAAUGUGUUUGAAAUCAUUUUGUUUUCUGAAAUAUAGAGAAUUAUAAAUCUUUAUAAUCAGUCCCACUGAUUUUUAGAUUGAAUCAAUAGCUAUAUUAAGUUUGUUAUUGAAAUACAUAAAGAAGUGGCUUUUGCUUCAAUUUUUUAAUAUACAUGUACUUUAAUAUACCUCUAUACAUGGGUCCAUGUAAUUAACCACAAAAUGUUUGACUGUUUAAGAUACAGGUCAGCGGUUCUAUCCAGGUGCCUUAUACAUGAUGAGGGUCACUAG